CGUGUCGCAGCGUCUCUCCCGGCCGCUUGCAGAGCUCCGUUAUGGCGGCGGCGGAGGGGUCGAACGCGGCCGCACUUCCCGGUUCGAGUGCCGACGGCAGCGGCGAGCCGCCCGGGGUCGAAGGAAAAGGAGUUGGGGCGGCGGGCGAAGAGAAGGGCGCGGCCGCGAAGGGAGCGGAGGCCGUCGGGGACAGCGAGGAGGACGGCGAGGAUGUGUUCGAGGUGGAGAAGAUCCUGGACAUGAAGACCGAGGGGGGUAGGAUCCUUUAUAAAGUUCGAUGGAAGGGAUACACGUCGGAUGAUGAUACCUGGGAGCCGGAGGUUCAUCUCGAAGAUUGUAAAGAAGUUCUUCUGGAAUUUAGGAAGAAGGUUGCAGAUAACAAAGCUAAAUCAGUCAAGAAGGAUGUUCAGAGACUGUCCUUAAGUAAUGACAUAUUCGAGGCAAACUCUGAUAGUGAUGAACAAAGUGAGGCCAAAGAAGAGACUUCUCCGAAGAAGAAGAAGAAGAAGCUGAGGCUUCGAGAAGAGAAGAGCCCGGACGACCCGAGGAGGAGGAAGGCGAAGACGGGGAGACUGAGAGACAGGCCCAGGCCAGACCUGGAGGGCUCCUCCGAAGGGACGAAGAAGAGAAUUCUGGAAGCCAAAGAGGAAUUAAAGGAACCCAAAAAGCCCAAAAAAGAUGAUACGAAAGAAACUAAGGAGUUAAAGAAAGCUAAAAAGGGUGAAACAAGAGAUUUAAAGACUAAAAUAAGAGAAGAUUCCAAGGAAAACAGGAGAACAAAAAAAGAGAAAUGUGCUGAAUCUCAGCUGGAAUCGGAACUGAGUGCACAGAGUGACUCCCCGCUUCCGGAGGAGGACAGUGAGGGCUUACUGUCUGACGGCAGGGAAGAGAAGCCGAAGGUGAGGGGUGUGAGAGACAAGACGGGACCAGAUGCAGCGCCGGAACCCAGCUUUGAGAAACAGCAGGACGGCUCGGUCAGCGCUGAUGAGGAUGAUGUCAAAGCAAAGAGGAGAAAAAAGAAACUGAGAAACACCGAGGAACCUAAAGAGAGCAAAAAGCCAGAAAACAAGAACCUUUUCUUAGAGAAGAAAAAUAUACAAAAAAAGCCAAGGAAUCAAGACAGAGGCAGAGGUAACGCAGAGCCAGAGAAACAGAUGCCAACGCCCGCGCAGGAGAAGCCCCGGCUGAGUGUGGAGGAGAGGGGACCCGGGCCCGCCGGCUCCCCAGGGCAGGAGAAAGAGACCAAAAGAAAUGAACCCAAAGAAAAGUACCAGAAGAAGCAUGAUUUGGACAAGGAAGAAAAAGGCCGAAAAGAGCCCAAGUCAUUGAAGGCAUUUAAGGAAAUCAGAAAUGCAUUUGAUUUAUUUAAAUUAACUCCAGAAGAAAAAAAUGAUUUUCCUGAGAAUAAUCGGAAAAGAGAAGAAAUAACACCAGACUGUAAAGUCACAGAAGAUCACAAACCCAAGGAGAACAAGCAGCUGCUUAAGGAAGGGAGAAACACACGAGAUGAGACAGACACGUGGGCCUACAUAGCUGCGGAAGGCGGUCAGGAGGCCCUGGACGGCGGGGGCCACGCGGAUGAGACUGGCGAUGGCAAACAGCAGAUCGUGAGCUUGGGCAUGGAUUUGCAGUUGGAAUGGAUGAAAUUAGAAGAUUUUCAAAAGCACCUUGAUGGGGAAGAUGAACAUUUUACUGCCUCGGAUACAGUUCCGAGCAACUUACUGAGGGAUGCUGUGAAAAAUGGGGAUUAUAUUACUGUAAAGGUUGCACUUAAUUCAAGUGAAGAAUAUGACCUGGAGCAAGAGGAUUCAAGUGGGAUGACGCUGGUGAUGCUGGCGGCGGCGGGCGGGCAGGACGACCUGCUGCGGCUGCUGCUCAGAAAAGGCGCCAAGGUGAACGGCAGGCAGAGGAACGGGACCACCGCGCUCAUCCACGCUGCUGAGAAGAACUUUUUAACUACAGUGGCUAUUCUCCUGGAAGCAGGAGCAUUUGUGAAUGUGCAGCAGAGCAGUGGGGAGACGGCUCUGAUGAAGGCCUGUAAGAGAGGAAACUCGGACAUCGUUCGGCUCGUGAUCGAAUGUGGAGCCGACUGCAAUAUCCUGUCCAAGCACCAGAACAGCGCGCUGCACUUUGCAAAGCAGUGUAACAACGUGCUGGUGUAUGAGCUGCUGAAGAGCCACCUGGAGACGACGUGACUCGGGUCUUCACGCCUACAAGACGGCUGUUCCAUUGCGGGUGUAGGACCUUUGUUCUAAACAGAAAAUAAGGUAAAUUUCAGACAAGAGACAGAAACGGCAAAGGCCAAAAAGGGGGUGCAUGCCUGGUGACCCCCCUCUAGGACAGCCUUCACUGGGGGCCCUGCCCAACCAGUAGUUUGACUGUGACCCCGUCUGAGGCUGCAGCCUGCCAACGUGGGAACAGUCACCGUAACGGGGCAGAAACCUUCCUGGUUUGCCCGUGGCUGAGGGCUUCCUGGGCUUCGUCUAAGUGGUGUCUGAAGGGUUCCUGGGGCUCACAGUACUGAAACUAGAGCAUCCUGGCAAAUGGGGGAGCAGACGUCUGCACAGCAGGACAGUGAAUUAGCGCUGAGCAUUUUAUUUGAACACUUUCCAAGCCCGGUACUGUGACUAGGCUCCCAGUUCUUGAAUUUUCAGGAGAAUUGCUGUUUUUUGUUUGAUGAGACGAGUAUGCACUGAGCUGAGUGCGCCAGGCCGGAGGUGGGGAGGGCGUGGGGGAGGCUCACCCCUCUGGAGCUUGAGCUCCUGUGACGAGGUGACAGGUACGACCCUGACAUGCCACGUGUCCGACGCUGAGAGGAAGCAGGGGGCGCCGUCCACCUGGGAAGGCCCCGCUGGGGUCAGGUCAGGUAACUGUGGCUCAUGGUUCUCUCCUAUGUUAACAGCUUGUACUUUUUAUCAGACUUUCGAGAGUAGCAGAAGAAACGAUAAAGGACUACUUUGAAGCGCGUCUUGCUCUGUUAGAACCAGUCUUCCCAAUAGCAUGUCACCGUCUCUGCGAGGGGCCAGAUUUUUCCAUGGAUUUUCAUUACAAACCCCCACA